UCGAACACAAUCCUCGACCAGGAUGGCUAGCAAAACGAGACCUGGAAUGGUGGCAUUCGCAGUCGCCGGUGGUAUCACGCUCACAGUCGCAGCCUUGCUUAUGAUGCAGCAGGAUAUACGGGCCAAGGAAGGCCCCGCCUCUAUAUAUAAACCCAAUGAAACACAUGGCCCGAACGAUUCGGAUCCCAAAUUGAACACCACAGACAUAAACCAAGUCGUUGAAGGGAAGUCUAGAGGAGAUCAAGCCCCACUAGCAGUGGAUAAAACUCGCUGAACUAACAACUCUUUAUGGCAGUGGUAGCGUGUACAUAAAUUGUUGAGUGAGCGAUGUUACAUGCGUGAUAAAUGCCUCGGGUUCACCUCUUUGAGUUUAAUGUAUCUACGUUUACAGAAUGAUGCACAAAACCUUCCUGACUGAAUUCUGAUUCAAGUGACU